GCGGCGUCGGCGGGCCGGGCAUUCGACACCGGGCCGGCGCGAGCACAACAUGCCGCGCGCCGCGCUUGCCGCACUCCUAGUGCUGCACGCUGUAAGUGCUGAGAUAUUAACGCCGCCGUAUUUCAACCUCGCUACCGGCAAGAAGAUCACCGCCACGGCGACAUGUGGCGACGAAGGGCCCGAGCUCUACUGUAAACUGGUGGGAGCCAUCGCGGACCACGACGAGCACGUCAUCCAGGGCCAGGUUUGUGACAUCUGCGAUUCAACAAACGAUGCCAAGAAACACCCUCCGGAGUAUGCGGUGGACAACAGCGAGACAUGGUGGCAGAGCCCGCCGCUCUCCCGCGGGAUGAAGUACAAUGAAGUGAACCUCACCGUCGACCUGGGACAGGAAUUCCACGUGGCGUACGUGUUUGUGCGGAUGGGUAACUCGCCCCGCCCCGGCCUCUGGGUUCUAGAGAAGUCAACCGACUACGGAAAAUCCUUCAAGCCCUGGCAGUAUUUCUCGGAGUCGCCCCAAGACUGUGAGAGAUACUUCGGCAAGGAGAGUCUGCAGCCGAUCACCAGAGAUGACUCCGUUAUCUGCAGUACCGAGUACUCCAAGAUCGUGCCCCUGGAGGGCGGUGAGAUUCCGAUCUCUCUACUGAACUACCGGCCGUCCUCAGACAAGUAUUUCAACUCGUCAGUGCUGCAAGAAUGGACCAGGGCUACGAACGUGAGGCUGCGACUUCUCAGGACCAAGAACUUGCUCGGUCAUCUCAUGUCGGUGGCGCGGCAGGACCCGACGGUCACCAGGCGUUACUUUUACAGUAUAAAGGACAUCAGCAUCGGGGGUAGGUGUAUGUGCAACGGCCACGCGGACAUGUGCUCGCCCGCGGACGCGUCCGGUGACACCAACAUACUGGUGUGCCAAUGCCAGCACAACACGUGCGGCCCGCAGUGCGCCGAAUGCUGCCCCGGCUUCGAGCAAAAGAAGUGGAGGAUCUCACAGAACUGGGACCGGUUCGCUUGCGAACCUUGCAACUGUCACAACCACACGACGGAAUGUUCGUACGAUCCCGAGGUGGACGAGAAGCGUCUCUCGCUGGACAUCCACGGGCGGUACGAAGGCGGCGGCGUGUGCAAGAACUGCCAGCACAACACCGAGGGCAUCAACUGCAACAAGUGCCGCUCGACUUACUAUCGCCCUUACGGCAAGCAGUGGGACGAACUUGACGUCUGUCAGCCGUGCAACUGCGACCCUCACUUCUCGACCGGCAACUGUGAGGAGGAGACGGGCCGGUGCGAGUGCCGUCACGAGUUCAACCCGCCUAACUGCGACUCUUGCGCAUACGGUUACUUCGACUAUCCCAACUGCAAGCCCUGCACCUGCAACCUGAACGGCACUGAGGGAGGACACUGCACUCCGACUGAUGGGCUGUGCCCGUGUAAAUACAACUACGCUGGAAAUUCAUGUGAGAUUUGCGGAGAUGGUUACUACUCACCGGAUUGUAAAAAUUGCGAGUGCAACCCCGUGGGCUCGGUGUCUCACAUCUGCGACAAGGAUUCGGGCAACUGUACGUGCAAGAGCAAGUACGCCGGUCGCACUUGCAACCAGUGCGAAGCGGGGUACUUCAAUUAUCCUACGUGCAAGCAUUGUAACUGCGACACGAGCGGCACGGAGCCCGCCAUUUGUGAUGACGUCACGGGACAAUGUAUCUGCAAGGUCGGGUUCGGAGGACCGCGGUGUGACCAGUGCCUCUCUGGGUACUACAUGGAGGUCCGCGGGAGGGAGCGGCAGUGCGUGCCGUGCAACUGCGACCCCACCGGCUCGACUUCGACCAGUUGUUCAGCGGACGGCAAGUGCAACUGUCUGUCCAACUUUGGAGGGAAGCAGUGCGACCAGUGCUCGCCUGGAUACUAUAAGUACCCGGAGUGCUUGCCAUGUAACUGCGAUGUGUCCGGCUCUAUCGGAUCGACAUGCGACGACAACGCCAUCUGUCAUUGCAAGCCGAACUUCGACGGCCCGAAAUGUGACCGCUGCCGCGAACAGUUUUACAACUACCCUGCUUGUGAAGAGUGCAACUGCGACCCUAGGGGAGUCAUCGCUACCUUUGCUGGUUGCGGUUCAGUUCCCGCCGGAGAACUAUGUCAGUGCAAGGAACGCGUUCAAGGGCGCAUAUGUAACGACUGUAAACCGUUGUUCUGGAACCUUCAGGAGUACAACCCUCAUGGAUGCGAAGAAUGUAACUGCAACUUGGCCGGCACGCUCGGAGGUCUGGGCGCGUGCAACACCCGCUCCGGACAGUGUACGUGCAAGUUGCAUGUGGGAGAUAGACAGUGCGACCAGUGUCAGGACGGAUUCUACAGGCUGCAGAACAACAACGUGUUUGGAUGUACCGAAUGCGACUGCGAUAUCGGCGGCUCGAUCGACAACAACUGCGACAAAGCUACUGGCCAGUGCCACUGCCACUCGCGAGUGGAAGGCAGGAGGUGCGACCGUCCCAUCCGCGCCCAUUACUUCCCCACCCUCCACCAGUACCAGUACGAGGUGGAGGAUGGCGUGACGCUAUCCGGGCCGGUGCGGUACAGGAACUCGGAGGAGGUGUUCCCUGGAUACUCUUGGAAGGGAUAUGUAGUGUUCUCGAUGUUGCAGAACGAAGUGAUCAACGUGGUGCAGAUAUACAAGUCGUCGUUAUACCGCAUGGUGAUCAAGUACGCGAACCCCUUGCACGACAAUGUGGUGGCCACGAUCAUCAUAACGCCUGAGAGUGUCGUCGACAUACAGCAGAAGUUUAACGCGCUCCUCCGGCCGACACACUCACCGCAACUGAUGACGGUCGCGGGCGAGAAAGGCAAUGCGCCUGCGCACUUCGUCAUGAACCCCGGCAACUGGACUGUCACAAUCAAAACUACCAAGGAAGUCAUGAUUGACUACUUCGUGCUGAUCCCAGAGGCGUACUACGAGGCCACGGUGCUGACCAAGCUGGUGGACCGGCCGUGCGUGGUGGGCGACCAGAAAUUGUGUCGCCAGUUCACUUACCCCAGCCUGGGCGUAUUCCCAACAGCCGACAUCAGCAAUCUAGUGACAGCGAUGAACCAGUUCAUUGACAACCCUGUGCAACUUUCAGAACUGCAAGCAGAGGCAAACAGUAUACCAAUACUGAGCAACGAGGAGAAUAUCUUACAAUACAACUUAAAGAUCGACCCUCCUGGCCAGUACAUCCUGCUAGUGGAGUACGUGACUCCACUAAACGGAAGCGUCGAGUCCGAAGACUCGGAGAACUCUACCAUCUCGUUCCUGCACAAAACUCCGGUGACGGUGCGGUUCCAGUCCGGCGACCAGGCAGAGACUGAUGCGAUCGUGAACCUGAACGAGUGCCCGUACACGGCGCCCUGCAGGGAGGUGGUCGUCGAUGACCUGUCCAAGAUACAGUACGUCACCGUCACCGAUCCUAACAACGUUGUGUUUUUGUUGGGCGAGCCAGAUACUCUAGCUGGGAUCAAAUCGAUUAUAGCCAUCCCUGAGGCGGAUUGGCAUCUGGACUAUAUCACUCCGCGCCCGUACUGCUUGCGCCGAAACGGGAAGUGUGAACCAGCCGUCUUCGCCGCUACUGCCAUUUCGAAAAAGUUAGAAAUCGAGUCCGGAACUGGAGGAGACCGGGAGCUGCGUCCACCGAUCCUGGACAACUCGACUGCGGUGGUGUACCUCGCGCCGCACUCGGAACCCAUCACCGUGGAGGGCAAGGUCGCACCGGGAGACUACUUGCUCCUCGUGCAUUAUUACCAGCCCAACUACCCUGAAAGCGUGGCGGAUGUGUUGGUGACCACCAAUGGGCAGCAGCUCCCGUCGACCCUGGCCAUCAAGCACUGCCCCUCCAACUCUGGCUGCCGGGCGCUGGUCACACGCGCAGACGACUCCAACAUCUUCAACAUCAACGAGAACUUCACCGUCACUUUCUAUGGCAACUCAAGCCGCGGCGUGUGGUUGGACUACGUGCUGGUGAUCGCCGCUGCCGACUACGUGGACUCGGCCCUCACGGAGGCCAACACUCUCGACUACACGCGCGAGUUUAUCGAGAAAUGCGCCAUGAACCACUACUACGUCAGCCGCGAAGAGACUGGUUUUUGCCGCGACGCGAUGUUCUCGAUCACGGCGGAGUACAACAGCGGCGCACGCGCAUGUCUCUGCGACUUCAUGGGCUCCACUGAGCUGGAGUGCGACGUGUUCGCGGGCCAGUGCCCGUGCAAGCCGAACGUGAUCGGUCGCACUUGCAGCUCCUGCCGUACCGGAUACUACGGCUUCCCUAACUGCAGACCAUGCCACUGCCCCUCCACCGCCAUCUGUGACGAUAACGGCAUGUGCAUCUGUCCCAAGAACGUUGAAGGAGAGAACUGUGACCGCUGCAAGCCGUUCACGUUUAACUUCGACGUGCAGCGCGGUUGCGACGACUGCAAUUGCAACCCGCUUGGCGUUAUCUACAACCAGCUGCAGUGCGAGGCCGACAGUGGAAACUGCGCAUGCCGAGACAACGUGAUUGGCCGCGUGUGCGACCACUGCGUGCCCGGACACUACGCGUUCCCGGACUGUCUGCCGUGCACGUGCGACCUGGACGGCACCACGGACGACGUGUGCGACCAGAACACGGCGCAGUGCUACUGCAAGAAACACGUCAGGGGACAGGCUUGUGACACGUGUAAAGAGGAUUACUUCAACCUGCAAGCUGACAAUCCUGAGGGUUGUACAAAGUGCUUCUGCUUUGGCAAGACCACAAGGUGUAGCAGCUCGGACCUGAUCUGGGCGGCGAUCGACGGGGUGGCAUCAUGGCACCUUGUUAACGUGGAGGCCAAUGGCACUCUAAACGUGUACCUUCGGGAGCAGCAACCGAUCCUGUUUAACGACACAGCUAUCUCUUUCUCCCUGGAGGGGGAGGACAGUGACACCAAAGUUGUGUACUUCGGAGCUCCUGAUUAUUAUCUAGGUAAACGACUGACGUCCUACGGCGGAUACCUUACAUACACGAUCCAUUAUACCACGCACACGGACGGGAUCGCCAUAGCAGCCGCUGACGUCAUUCUCGCCGGAUCCAACGGGUACCUAGUCCACAACAGCAUUGAGCAGCCACCAUCGAACGUGAUCUGGACGCACCCUGUCAAGCUGACUGAAGAAGAGUUCACCACCCUGGACGGCAACCCAGUAUCGCGUGAACAGUUCAUGAACACCCUGGUCAAUGUGACUGGGAUUUAUAUCAGAGCCUCGUAUUGGAAGGAGGCUAUUGAGACCAGCCUCUCCUUCGUGACCCUGGACGUGGCCUUAGAGGAAAUGAUAGACAUCGAGGCACGCCGAGCCACCUCAGUAGAAGAGUGCCAGUGCCCCAAGGCUUACCGAGGACUGUCCUGCGAGCAGUGUGCUGAAGGUCACUACCGACUGCCCUCAGGGUUCUGCGUGCCAUGUCAGUGUAACGGACAUUCGAAGGAGUGUGACGUCAACACUGGUAUCUGUCUGGAGUGUACCGACAACACCAUGGGCGACCACUGCGAGCAGUGCAUCCCCGGUUACCAUGGCGAUGCGAACAUCGGCACACCACGUGACUGCCUCAUCUGCGCUUGUCCCAUGCCAUAUUCUUCUAACAAUUUCGCGCUGAGCUGUGACCUCAGCGAGAAUGGAUCUCUGAUCUCGUGCAACUGCAAGCCAGGGUACGGCGGCGCGCGGUGCGAGUACUGCGCUGCGGGCUACUACGGAGUACCAGAAAACAUCGGCGAUUACUGCAAGCCUUGCAACUGUUCGGGCAACAUCAACGCUGAAGACCCCGGCUCGUGCGAUAGCAUCACUGGCGACUGUCUCAAGUGUGUGAACAAUACUGCCGGCGCUGCGUGCAACCUCUGCGCCCCAGGCUUCUACGGUGACGCUGUUCUGUCCAAGAAUUGUACAGCGUGUAUCUGCGACGAGUACGGCAUGGAGCGGUGCGACCCGACGACGGGCACGUGCGUGUGCCGGCCCGGCGUGAUCGGCGAGAAAUGCGACCGGUGCGCGCCGGAUCACUGGGGGCUGAGCAGCGGGCUCGGCUGCACGCCGUGCAAUUGCGGCGUCGCCUCCGAAUCCACGCAGUGCGAUGACGAUAAUGGACAGUGCAGAUGCGCUAAAGGAGUGACCGGCAAGCAGUGUGACCAAUGCGCCGCCGGAUACUGGAACUACACUAGGGAGGGUUGCGACCAUUGUAACUGCAACACCGGCUACUCCGUGGGCUUCAUGUGCAACGCCACGGGACAGUGCGAGUGCCUGCCCGGAGUCAUCGGCGAGAAGUGCGAUCGCUGCCCUGAAAGAUGGGUGCUGAUCCCGCAAGAAGGCUGCCUUGAGUGCGACUCUUGCACGGACGCGCUCAUCUUCUCUGUCCAAGAUCUGAGCGAAUUACUGGCCAACGAGACCAUGGACUUCAAGGACAAAGCGGACUCGUUCUUCACAACGCAAAGACUGAACUACAUCUCGAACCAAACUGAACAGCUGCGGCCGCGGUUGGCGGAACUGAAGAACGUGGACAGCGAGAAGGUGGCCGCCUCCGUCAAGAGCUUGGAGACCAGCGCAAAGAACCUACUGAGAUCUGCUGAGUUCGCAGCAACUGACAGCGACAAACAGAUCAGCCGUGCUGCUCGCCUGGCCGCUGAUGCUGAAGCGACCCUCGCUGGAGUGAGAGAUAGCAGCCAGAAAGCCAAGGCGAUGGUGACUCAUGUUUCGGAACUGGCUACUGGACUCGAGCUAAGUCAGCAACCGAAGGUGGAUAGCGCGUUGGCUGAAGCUCGGCAGAUUAAGAGUGAUAUUGUUGCCAAGGACCUGUCUCCGAAGAAGCAACUAGCGGGCUCGGCGUACCUAAACGCGACUACGCAGGUCGAGCGUAUGAAUUUGUUCGUGCAACCGGUCUACGUGCAAGCUCAGAAAUUCGAAGGCCUCGUGAACGCGACGCGCGACCUGAAGGACAAGCUGGACGAGAUGCUGCAGUACACGGACCUGUCACAACGCACCGCCGACGAGGCAGAGAAACUCAACGAUAAGAACAGAAAGUCCAAAUUCGGCAACAAAGUACUGUCAGUCACGAAGCUGAACGCGGCAGCCAUGAAGGACCUGAUCAACGCUGUCAACGAGAUCGGCAACGCCACACACAGCAACGCACAGGCGGGCGCCAUUGUGGUGAACUCGUCCCGAGCGGCGACGGAAAUAGCCGACGCCAACCGACAGAUGGAUGAACGGCUAACUCAGUUGGCGCAAGACCUGCCUGAACUCCUGAACUUGACUGAAAAUGCCAAUCAUCAUGCAACGAUGUUAAGAAGCAGGGCUGACAACUUGAGAGCGUUGGCUGAGCGAGAGAACAACAACACUCGCACGCAGCACGCGUACUCCGGCGCAUCGGCGUACUCAUCCAUAGUGCAGGAGAUAGGCGACGCCAAGCAAGCGGCUGACGAAGCCGAGGCUGCUGUGAAAAACAGCACUGAUGUGAACAACGUCCUAAACCAGCGAGUGCAGCCAACACGCGACAGGUCUGAGAGUCUGCUGAAGGUAGCUUCCAAGGCCCUGUUAACAGUUGAGCAGGGUCUAAGACCGAACCUGACGGCAGCAGAAGAAGGCCUGAAGCACGCUUGGAGCACUCUAGGAUCUGCUGACGACGACGACAAUGCUAUACAACUGUCCUUGCCAACUCCAGCACCGUUCUCCCUUGAAAGUGAGAUUGAGAAGGCCGACAAAGUGAACGCAACUAUUGGAGUGACCCUGGACACCAUGUCGCAGUUGGGCGUCGACCUCGUUGCCAGCAAGGAGUGGGCGCAGACAUUGCCCAAAUUAGCUGAUGAGGCACAGAAGAUGACUUCUAACAUUAAGAAUUUAUUGGACAAAAUCAACAAGAUGGAACCUCAGAUCAAGUCGACGUACCGCAAUGUGAAGAAGAACCAGGACGACCUGGAGCAUCGCCGCAAGGAAGCCGACGAGAAACUCAAGAAACUGAAAGACCUCGUCGAACAGGCUCGUACCGUAGCAAAUCGCAUCCAAGUGGGAGUGACAUUCGACGUGCACUCGACGCUGCAGCCGCGCCUUCCGGACUCCGUGGACGAGAUGUCAACCUCCACACACGUGUCGGCUUACUUCAGGACUAAGAGGGAGGACGGCUUCCUGCUCUACCUCGGCAAUCCCAAGGACACCAUGCUCAGGAGGACCAAGUCUGACGACUUCAUGGUGAUCGGAGUGCAAAAGGGCUACCCGUACCUAGUGAUGGACAUCGGCGACAGCGCGGAGUCUGGCCGCGAGCCCGCCAAGAUCAGUAGCGAUAAGUUCGUCGCGGACAACCGCUGGUACCAGGUCAUCGUGGACAGAGUCGGCCGCAACGUGAAACUGUCGAUCCGCGAGAGCCUCGACGAUGGAUCUGACAAGAUCCACUCCAAAGAGGCAGUUCUGCCUGGACAGCACACCAUCUUCAACCUGGAUCGGCAGAAGUCGAAGCUGUACGUGGGCGGAGUGCCUUCCAACGCGAACCUCCAGGGCAUCAGCUUCCCGGCGUUCGAGGGGCAAAUCGAAGAGCUGAUGAUCGGAGACACCCCAGUGGGAUUGUGGAACUUUGUCAGUGCAGAAAAACUGAAAGGGGCCAGACAAAGGGACAAGUUGAUCACGUCGCAGUCAGGCCCCCAGGAGUACAGGUUCAACGGGCGCGGGCACGCCACGAUGGCCGGACGCGGGUACCUCACUACCCAGGCGAACCAAGUACUGCUGUUCUUCAGGACCUACGCAGCCGACGGCCUCAUCUACCUGGUCGGCGACAACGGACACUUCUUCUCACUGCUCAUGCAGGAUGGAAGGGUGUACUUGCAGGUGUCUCUCGGAAACCCUGAGGAGCUGCUCAUCAUAGGCACCAGGAAGGCAUACAACGACGGCAAGUGGCACAAGCUGGACGCGCGACGGUACCUGGCCAAGUGCUCGCUCACAGUCGACGACGAGGCACUCAAGGCGGAGUCAUCCUCGGAUUCCGUGGAGAUUCUCUCGCUGGACGCAAUGAACUUCGGUGGCAACAAUAAGGGCAUACUGCAGGUGCCGAACCGCGGCUUCGACGGCUGCAUGCGCCAGAUCAGCAUCAACGGUGUGAACGUGGACCUGUCAGAGAACCAGGAGUCGAUAGGCAUGGCUUAUGGGUGUCAGUUCGCGUCACUGGUGUCCCUGAACGGCACGGACAGCUUCCUCCGCUUCGUGGACAUCACCACCGAGCACCUGCAGCUGACGCUCAAGUUCAAGACCUCGCAGCCAGACGGGCUGCUGUUCGUGUACCUCAGCCGUACGCAAACAACAUCCGCCGACAGCAUAUCACUCUCGCUAGUCAAAGGUAAGCUGGUGCUGAUGAGCCAGCGCGAGCAGCUCGACACGGGCCUGAGCACGUACAACGACUCGCAGUGGCACGUGGUCACCGUCACGCACAACGCCAACGCGCUGCGGCUGGUCGUCGACGACUUCGACUACUUCAGCACUGACACAGCCCCAGCGCCUUUACACAUACUGAACGGUGUGCUGUUCGUGGGCGGCGUGCAGCCCGGGUACGUGGUGGGCGGCUCGCUUGGCUCCAAGCGACCGCUGGCCGGCUGUGUGGCCGACGCCACCAUCAACGGCCGCGUUCUCAACCUGCUGGAGCCGUACGCCAACAACAGCGUCACGUUCGGCCGGUGUGGUAAGACCACGUCCACCGGUGGGGUAAAUCCUGAAUUAGCAAAAUGGGCGGCUCCGACCAGUCCUGAUGUUCUUCCGAGGCCCCUACCGCCGGUGGCGACGGCGGCGCCGGACCUCACCACAAACCAAAUACAAUUCAGCAACGAGAUAGUCCCGCCGAUGGUGACGCAACAGACGUCGCCGCCACCACCGCCGCCGGAGACCACCACCACCUCCACGACCACCACUACAACCACCACUACCACGAAGCGGCCGCCGCCCAGGCCGGAGCCGGGGUGCGCGCUGGCCUACGACCCGAUGUACAGCGUGGGUGACGCACUGGAGGGAUACAGGUUUGGCACCCGCAACGACAGCCGCAUCGAGUACUCGAAGCUGCCAGGCCGUCAGUUGGAGGGCUUCGACUUGACGAUCUCCUUCCGCACGUUUGACAAACACGGCGGGCUAGUGUUCUACUCCGAGGCUUCGAACCCGCAGCAGUUCCUAGCUUUUUAUAUGAAGGAUGCUAAGCUGCACUUCACGUUCAACUGCGGCGGCGACACCGCAGUGAUAUCCUCCACUCAAGUGUACAACGAUACUGAGUGGCACACGGCUACGCUGAGUCGCAACGGCGGCCACGGUAAACUGGUCGUCGACGGGGAAUACGUUGCAGAGACCAGCGUAACCUGCAACGCGCCUUCAUCACUCCAACCGCCGUACUACUACGGCGGGCUGAGACAUGUCACCGGCAGAGUCUCGAAGGCUCUCAAAGGUUUCUACCAGCCUUUCAAGGGGUGCCUGCGCGGGCUUCUGAUGAAUGGGCAGCGUGUGACGCGCACCGCGGACGUGGUUAACGCGCUGCGCUGCAUCGACCACAUCGAGGACGGCAUCUACUUCGGAUCCUCGAAUGACACUCACAGCAACUACUUGAAGCUCAUAGAGAACUUCAAGGUUGGCAACGAGGUGUCGAUCUCGAUGGAGGUGCGCCCGCGCAACUCGACCGGGCUACUGAUGAGCGUGCACGGCCGCAAGGACUUCCUCGUGCUGGAGAUGCUGGAGAACGAGGUGGUGGCCAACGUGGAGAACGGCAACGGGCCAUUCCACGCCAGCUACAAGCUCGGCCACCGGUACUCUCUGUGCGACGGCAACUGGCACAAGAUACAUGUGGUGAAAUCUCUGUACGUGGUAUCGGUCGCCGUGGACGGGCACUUCUCCAAGCCAGGCAUAGGCGCGUACACAUCGACGGACACGCGGUCGGCGCUGUACGUCGGCGGGCACGAGCGGCCCCUGCGCAAGAUGCGCGGCGUGCGGUCGCGGCACGGGUUCACCGGCUGCAUCCGCAACAUCGUCAUCGGGGAGACGCCAGUGCCGAUCUCUAUGACGGCCGCGGGCAGGAACACUCAUAUCGGAGCGUGCCCGCUUGAGUAAACAACGAUUUCACUAAGAUAUAUAUUGUUUUCUGAGUCUACGUCCUAUACUGGCGAAGUGACUGGGGACAUCGGAUUACACCAAAUUUGGUUGGCAAUUAAUUAUUUACCUUGUUCGAAUGUUUGAUUUUAUCGAAAAUAGGCACAGUAGGCGGCCAUAAAAAGAACUGUUAAUAAUCACUCCGGUUGCCAACCCUGACUUACUUUAAAGCAGAAAACUUAAUAAACCUGGAUUUCGAAGCCAUUACUCAACAUAGACCAUUUUAUCUACAAUAACAUGGUUACUUGAGGAUUCGUACUACCAACUACCAUUACAACUUUUCAACACUAAUGAUAAUUGUAAAGAAUACAUAUUAACUUUGCAUCGAAAAUGUACUGAAAAUACUUAAUUGUUUUAUCUGAAAAUUUUGUUUUUAACAUACUUGUCACUUACACUUUGCAUUAUUAUUUUGGCUCAUGUAUUAUUAACUUUGUACCAAAUAAAACAAUAGUUUGUAA